AUGCACUCCACCAUCAUCGCCGCACUGGCCCUCAGCCUUGCCGCCUCCUCUCUCGCCCUGCCCCAUACGUCCUACGCACCUGCGCCAUCUCCACCCUUCCGCCUAACCGACGUUCUUCGCAGCCGCCAAGUCUCCCCUCCAUGCGAUGUCUCUGAUGCGCUCAACAACCUCACCGUCCCCUUCGCCCUAACAACUCCACCACUCCCUGCCCCAGAUGCCUCGCUCUCCCUAGCCUCUGUGAUCAUCGGUCGCGGCGUCCAGAACUACACCUGCCCCACCAACUCCACCAGCGUCCCCACCGCCGUCGGCGCCAUCGCCACCCUCUACGAAGCCUCCUGCAUCGCCAGCAGCAAUCCCUCCGUCUUCGCCAGCCUGACCACCACAGCUCUCGGCCUCCCCCUCCCCGCCGACCCACUCGCCGCCUUCGACUGCGGUGCGGACCAGCCCCUCUCGCGCGCCGGCCACCACUUCUUCAACGCAGCCAAGACGCCUGUCUUCGACUUCGCCGAGGCGGAUGCAUCCCUGGGCGUGGGGCUCAUGAGCGUGGGCGCCAAGAGCGAUGCGCCGACGGACAAGGCUGUCGAUGUGCCGUGGUUGAUGUUGGGGAGUGUGGAGGGCGGAAGUGGGCCGAUUAGGCAGAUUUAUCGUGUGGAGACGAGGGGUGGGCAGCCGCCUGCGAGCUGUGAGGGGGCGGAGGGCGCGGAGGGGGGCGUGGUGAGCGUGCAGUAUAGUGCUGAGUAUUGGAUUUUCAGUUCGGAUGAGUAA